AUGGCCGGUCCUGGUGGUGGUCCUCCUCGAAGGAGCCAUACCAAGUCCCGAAAGGGCUGUGAUACCUGCAAGCGUCGUCACAUCAGGUGUGAUGAGAACUUUCCCCAGUGUCGUAACUGUACGAAGCACAAGAUCCGUUGCCCUUAUAACGACAUCCCUGUCCCGGAGGAGAGAUCGGCCACCCCUGACAAGCCAGAUCUGAUGUGGACCCCUGAAAUCGAGGCGGCGAUAGAACAAUGGCAGCACACCGGAGUCUUCCCGUUCCCCAGCCUUCACAUCUAUCCGGCGCCUUCUCCCCACUACUUGUCGAUGGAGGAGAUGCGGCUGAUAUUCCACGUUGCCUCCAUCAGCGACCAGUUGGGGCAGUUGGGGCCGUUCGGGCCAAUCGACGCCAAUGGCUUCACCCUGUGGACGCGCCAGAUUCCGACCAUCCUCAGGAUUGGUGCAACGCAUCGCUAUGUCUUGCAUGCCCUCCUGGCCUUCUCUGCCAUGCACCUCGCCUUCUUGAAUGAAUGCCCGUUGGUUGGGAACAUGGCCUACGAACACCGCGGCAUCGCGCUCAAGGGUUUGCAGGAAGCCAUCGGCACCUUUUCGAGGGAGACGUCAGAUGCUAUCCUGGCGGCAUCUCUUGUCCUGUCGUGGCAAGCCACAGAUUGGAGGAGCUGGACCCAGCUCAUGCAGGGCACCUCUUCGGUCAUCGAAGCCAUGGAUCCCUGGAAGCACGAAUCCCAGUUCGGGGAUUUCAUCGCCGAGAGAAGCACCUUCCCCACGGCGCCGCCGUCGCCCUCUCCGGAUCACAAGCCCAGCCAGCCACGCAAGGAGGACCUCGAUAUCUUCCAGCGCACCAUCCAGCAGCUCCAAAAGGUCGAGUCUCACCUGAAGCAGACGGGCGAGGACACCAAGCAGUUCGCCCAGCUCGUCAACUUCGUCAAGGGCGCCCGAAAAGUCAGCCCCACGCUUUCGGUUGCGCAGCAGUUCGACCGCCUCCAGCCCCUGCGCCAGUGGCUCUUCUGGCUGCCCGUGCUCUACUUGCAGCAGACUGGCGGGUCGCCAACGUCCUUGGUCAUCAUCGCCCACUACUACACCGUAGCCCUCUUGAUGGAGCGCCUCUUCCCGGAGAUUGGUGCUGCUUACUUCGGAAGCCUGGCUAUUGCUCCCGUCGAGGAGAUCGCCCGGAGGCUGCUCUCCUUUGUCAACGUGGCUGGCAGCGGGAACGGCGACGCCGAGACCCCACUGGCUCUCAUGGAGUUCCCCAUCGACACUGUUAACGAGUUCCGCUCGAGGAUGGGAUGGGUUCAACCCGUUCGCACCCCGUCGUUCCCCCAGUUCCACUCUUCCAACUUCUACGCCGGCGAGUGUGCUCCCACGCCGAUGCAGCUGGCCUCGACCACCCAGGAGUAUGUGCCCUAUGCGCACAAUCCUGCCUUCAGCUACAGUACCGAGGACUUGUCCGUCGUAACCACGGAACCCGGCCCCAACGGCGCCAUCAGCCCUCUGCAGCUGUCGUCGCCCUUCACGAACUCGCGCUAUCUCAGCAUUCCAAGCCCGUCUUACGGAGGGUACAGCCCCACAUCCAGCAACUACGGGGACUACGGCGACUACGGCGACACGUCGUCGGUCGUCUACAGCGACCACGAGGAUUAUGGACCUCUGGAUAUGGGAUUCCCCGCCAACGGUCCCCUGCUCGGUGGUUCCAACGCAUUUGGUCUCGGGUUCGUGCCUCCAAUCCAGACCGUGUGGAUCUAG